AUGGUUCCGCCGAAACCUGGCACUCCAUUACCGAGCCCGCCGAGGCCGAGUGCAGUUCGCAUAAACGUCUCGGGCGCAAAGAUUGUCGAUUCGGCUUCUGAGGAUGACGAUGCCGGAAACCGAGAUAUCCGGUUACCCAACCACACGAAGCAAGUGUCCCAUAUCGCAGUCGAUAUCGGAGGUACGCUGGCAAAAGUCGUAUUCUUUAACCGCGCACCAGAAGACGGCCUCGGCGGUCGCCUAAACUUCACCAAAUUCGAAACGGACGAUAUCGAGGAUUGUAUCGCUUUCCUGAAACAACUAGUGGAUAGCAGAAGAGAACAGCAACAACAACCUAGAAAUACCGGAACUGGAAAAAAGACACGAGGGGGCCGUGGAUCGGCGGGGCAGGAUGAGAUGUGUGUGAUGGCGACGGGAGGUGGGGCAUAUCUGUUUUACGAUCGGCUGAAGAGUGAGCUUGGUUGUGAGAUCGUGAGGGAGGAUGAGAUGGAGUGUCUGAUAUCAGGACUUGACUUCUUCAUUACGGAGAUUCCGGACGAGGUAUUCACCUACAGCGAAGAAAACCCCAUGGCAUUCGAAGAACCGCGGGAAGACAUUUAUCCCUAUCUGUUAGUCAACAUCGGGUCAGGCGUCAGCAUGAUCAAAGUUUCCGGCCCCGGCGCGAAUGAAUUCGAAAGAAUAGGUGGAUCAUCACUAGGAGGCGGUACCCUAUGGGGUCUUCUAUCUCUACUGACAGGCGCCAAGUCAUUCGACGAUAUGCUGGAGAUGUCCCAGAAAGGAGACAACACCGCUGUUGACAUGCUCGUGGGCGAUAUCUACGGGACUGAUUACGGGCGUAUCGGACUCAAAUCGACGACGAUAGCGAGUACGUUCGGGAAAGUGUUUAAGAAGAACAUGAGUGCUUCGAAUGGUACUGGAAAGCCGGAGUUCAAGCCAGAGGAUAUCAGCAAGAGUUUGCUUUUCGCUAUCAGUAACAAUAUCGGUCAGAUCGCAUAUCUACAGGCAACGAAGCACGAUAUCCACAACAUCUAUUUUGGAGGCUCAUUUAUUCGCGGACAUACAGCGACUAUGAACACACUCUCUUACGCAAUUCGAUUUUGGUCACAAGGUUCGAAGCGGGCGUAUUUCUUGCGACACGAGGGAUACCUGGGUGCCGUGGGUGCAUUCUUAAGACAUCAGCCAAGAAAUUGGGGUAGACGGAAGAGUUUUGGCGAAGACGGGGGACAGCGGAUAUUCCAAGCUACUAGGAAGGAAUGA